AAUUUCCCCUCUUUUCUGCGUUUGUACUUAUUUUCUGUCAUUUUUCUCGAAGACCGUAAUUUGUUUGUGAAAAUUCCUGAACAAGAACCUGCUUUUAAUUUGAAUAUUUUAAGAAUUAAGAUCCUAAAGCUGUACCAUUUCUUGUCGCAGUGUUGAUCCUAGGCGUCAUGUUUCUUCGUCGGCUUGCUGUGAUAGUUCCUCGAUCUACAAGGUUCUUCAGCAGUAAAGAUAGCCUUGACCUUGCACGCACCAUAGCUGAAUUCAAUAAGGAAAUGGAAUCGGUCUUUGGCGAUCUUCCUCCAGAUGGACUAGACAAUUCUGGAAAUAGAAGUUCUCUGGCUCAAGAAUCCCAACAUAAUUCUCAUUUGCAUUUGAUCUCUACUAACGAUAAGUUUACAGCACAAGAACUUCACUCUAUAUCUCAUAAUUUAGGUGAAAAAGCACCUGGUUUGACCCAUGUUAGUAGCACAGAGAAAGCACAAAUGGUGGAUGUCUCACCCAAAGAAAAUAGUAGUAGAACUGCUAUUGCUAGUUGCAAGUUACUUCUGGGGAAGAAGGUGUUCGAUUUGGUCUUGGCCAACCAGAUGGCUAAGGGAGAUGUUCUCACUGUGGCAAAAAUUGCUGGCAUAAAUGGAGCGAAGCACACUAGCACUCUCAUCCCACUAUGUCACAACAUCGCUUUGGCUAAUGUCUCUGUUGACCUAAGACUCAAUCCUGAGGAUUUUAGUGUUGACAUAAAAGGAGAAGCAGCUAGCACAGGUAAAACUGGGGUUGAGAUGGAAUCAAUGACAGCCGUGAGUAUAACAGGAUUAACAGUGUAUGACAUGUGCAAGGCUGCUUCAAAAGAUAUCCAAAUCACAGAUAUACGGCUUGAGCGCAAAACUGGCGGGAAGAGUGGAUACUGGUGCAGGGAGGAAUAAGAUUUUGAGACACUGCUGCCAAAUGUUAUGGAGAUCAGUAAUUUAGUGAAUAUUCACAUUUCUCUUUUAACCAUGAAACUUGGUGGCAUAUUUCAUGUUUCCAUAGUCACUUACAAUAUAAGCAGGCAUGUUAACGUACAACCAAUAUACAAUUCUAAGCCAAUCUUACUCGUGCUACUUUUUGGACUUUGUAAUUCUAAAAUGUCUGCAUGCUCUACAUUAUUCCU